UAGCUUCAGUAUAGCCUGUUUUUGAUUGAUUAGCAGUUGCGGAUCCACCAUUGGAGCCAGCUGAGGCGGCAGUCCCAGGUGGGCGGCGGCGGAGCAGUGACUUCCGCCUAGCAAUUUUCACUGCGGCAGUGAGCAGUUUUCAUGGCGGAUCGGAUGUUUCCUGGUUCUGCGAGGCAGUCGGUCAUGAGGGUGUCUGGUUGAGGAAGAGAGAAACAACUUUCGGCUGAGCCGGAGAGACAUCACGCAUGAACGCUGCCGGCCACCAAAACAAUCGAUUCACUACUAAACUACCACGAAUUGAUGCCCCUAGCCAUAGUCACUUGAUGCUUCUCCACAUGAUGAAAAAGAGUUCAUGCUAAUAGUUUCUAAUAAUUUUUCAUGGUUCUUUUGAUAGUUGGAUGCAAUGAGUUUUUUGAAAGUAGACUUGCAUUUUCUAUAUGAAAAAUAGAACUUCAAUGUUCGCCCCGGAUAGCUUCAAUUAUUUUGUCCGCCACUUAAUAGUAGGUUUCUCAUUUAUAAUGGAUGUGCGGAAUUAUUACUUUUCCCUACCAAAUAUGUACAUAUGUAGUGUUUUAAUAGAAACUCGAAUGCUCAUCAUAUACGGUUUAUCUUUACAUCUAUGAUAAAAAGGCGAAGAAAAGACUAAAGCCACCACAUUACAAGGCGAGACAGGUCAGGGAGAAGGCAAGGGUGAGGAUGCUCCUAUCUCGGAGAACAAGAUCUUAACAAUGCGAACAUUGAAGGAUGGACAAGGAGAGAACGGAAUCGACAGGGCGCUGCAUCCAAGAAACCAAGUUCGGACAGAUGUAAUCAGAUGGAGAUAGCACUUGGGAAUGCUGGGAAGAUUGGGCAGGAAGUUGUUUUUCAACCAUUUAAAGGGAUGCAAUUCGACUCAAGAGAAGGAUGCAUACGAAUUUUUCAAUGCAUAUUCUUGGGAAAUUGGUUUUGGUAUCAAGCAUGGCAAUAAAUACAUAAACAAGAACGGAUUCAAGACGAUGCAGGACCUUUUGUGUUCAUGCGAGGGAACUCACAAAAAAUUCAACUCUAGGUCUAGUAGAACAAACUGUCCUGUGAUGGUUAGAUUGCUUUGCACAGAGGAUGAUGGAUGGUACUACGGAGAGGUGGUAUUAGAACACAACCAUGAGUUGGCAGCUAGUGUAGGUGAAAGAAAGUUAUGGAAGUGUCACAAGUAUGUCGACUCAUCUAUGAAGGACAUUGUUAGGCACUUGCGUUCUAACAAUGUUUCACUGACCAAGGUAUAUGGGGUGAUGGCUAACGUUCACGGUUCACAUGAUGACGUCCCAUUCCGUAAAAGGUCUCUCAAAUCCAUGUGUGCUUCCAUAGCUCACGAAUGUAGUCAAGAUGGUAUCAACAAGACACUAGAUUUAUUCACAAGCAUGCAGGCAGAAGGAACAGGAUUCUUUUUCGCAAUUAAAACAAACGAGCAAAGAAGGGUGUCUGGUCUGUUUUGGUGUCAUCAAAAGAGCAGGGCUGAUUACAGUUGCUUUGGAGACGCCGUGACAGUCGACACGACUUACAAGAGCAACCUCUAUGAGAUGCCAGUUGGACUAUUUGUUGGAGUCAAUAACCAUUAUCAAUGCUGCCUGUUUGGUUGUGUUCUUCUGCGUGAAGAGACUGUAGAGUCAUUCAAGUGGGCAUUUGAAACAUUCCUAUCAGCAAUGGAUAGCAAACCGCCAAAAACAAUAUUAUCUGACCAAAGCAGGCAAAUGGAGCUUGCCAUUGCUGACGUGAUGAAUUCAUCAAAACAUGUUUGAUGAAAAUGGCAUGUUUUAAAGAAGAUGAGGGAGAAAGUAGGGAGCAUGUACAGGAAUGGUACUCCUUUUAGGAACGAUUUCAACAUUAUAAUAAAUGAGAUGAUGACAGUUGAGGAGUUCGAAAAGGAAUGGCAGGAGAUCAUGACACAUUAUGGACUUGAAAAAAAUUCAUUUUUGCAUCAGGUUUAUGAUUGUUGUUUCAAAUGGGCCAAGCCUUACCUCAAGGAAGACUUCUGUGCAAAAUGUGCAGCACAC